GUGAUUCCUUAAUUUAUGAAGAGAAAAGGAAAAUUCUUUCUUGAUGGAAAAGUAAAAAGAAGAAAAGAGAAUUAUGGAAAUGUGGCCUUGAAAUUCCAACCGGUAGAUGCAGAGUGGAAGAAGCAGAGGAAGCUCUGUGUUGUGUUUCUGUGAGUUCCGAGUGGAAUCAGUUGCGGAGCAAUGAGUCAGGAAUCGUUUAUAUAUAGCUUCGUGGCUCGUGGGACAGUGGUGUUGGCUGAGUACACCGAGUUCACCGGAAACUUCCCCGCCAUUGCAGCUCAGUGUCUUCACAAGCUUCCCUCUUCCAACAACAAGUUCACUUACAACUGUGACCACCACACCUUCAAUUUUCUGGUUGAGGAUGGUUAUGCAUACUGUGUUGUUGCCAAGGAAUCUGUUGGCAAGCAGAUCUCUAUUGCUUUCCUUGAACGGGUGAAAGCAGACUUUAAGAAAAGAUAUGGUGGUGGAAAAGCAGAUACAGCUAUUGCUAAGAGUCUGAACAAGGAGUUUGGACCAGUUAUGAAAGGGCACAUGAAGUAUAUCAUCGAUCAUGCUGAAGAGAUUGAAAAGCUAAUAAAAGUGAAGGCUCAAGUUUCAGAAGUUAAGAGUAUUAUGUUGGAAAACAUAGACAAGGCCAUUGAAAGAGGAGAAAAUCUAACUAUUCUUGCAGAUAAGACAGAGACAUUGCGUUCACAGGCUCAAGAUUUCAGAAAGCAAGGAGCACAAGUUCAUCGAAAGAUGUGGUAUCAGAACAUGAAAAUUAAACUAGUUGUUCUGGGAAUUUUGUUGUUUUUGGUAUUGGUUAUCUGGCUUUCUAUUUGUGGUGGAUUUGACUGUACAAACUAGCACUGGUUGAAGGUUUCCAGGUAGGAUUUUUUGAGAUGAUGUACAAGUGAGCAAUUUAGCUUAUGUGGUUGUGUA